AUGGUUGGAAGACAGACGCUCCGAAUGGACAGCGGUAAUUGCUCCGGAGCAGUGGUCGAUGACAGUCCAGGAUCCAGCCCGAGCUCCAGCCCGAGUCCAGACGGUCGUCGUCAGGAGCUCCACCGGGCCAGAGUGCUCCAGAGCGGCGGGAUCGGCGGCAGAGGACGCCCGGCAGCAGCGAAUGCGGCGAGGGAGAGGAGCCGGGUACAGACGCUGAGGAACGCCUUCCUGGAGCUUCAAAGGACUUUGCCGUCAGUGCCGCCGGACACCAAGCUGUCCAAACUCGACGUGCUGAUACUGGCCACCACCUAUAUUGCCCAUCUGACUCGAACUCUGCAGGAAGAAGGCACAGAGGAAGGAGAGGGCACGAAACAAACAGAGGCGUUACACUCACUGAAAGGCGAAGGCUACCUGCACCCGGUGAAGAAAUGGCCAAUGCGAUCCAGGCUGUACGUUGGAGCAACCGGGCAAUUCCUAAACACUUCAAGUCCUUCAGAGUCAGAGGAUCAAGGCCCAUCGUCGUCCACCUCCCAGUAAAAUAGGCUUAAUUCAUUUGUACCGAACAGCUUCGUUUUGUGCAUGAGUUCAUGCUUUACUUCCGAAGCGGCACAUGAUUGUAGAACAGCUCCCACUAAAGCACCGCAAAUUAGGAAGACCUUGUAAAUUAAUAUAUUACGUGAAUUUUAUUGUAUAAAUUUUGAGAAAGCAUACAUUAUAUUUCUGUGUGUUAUUUCGACUAAUCCUGCCUGCAUUGUGCAGCUCCACACACGUCCCAGGUAUAUUUACAGAGACUCAUCGGGGCAACGAGCCCGUCAUGCUUGAGUGUGCACUUUCAGCUGAGACAUUUGCACUAAAUGCAUGUGUGAAUAACUUAACAUCUGUCAUGUGAAGUGGUCUGUCAGGGAGCCCACAAUGCAGGCUCCGAGUCUCAUGUUCCUCCUUAUUUUUUACAUGCAUGGGUGUAAAUGUGUUUGUGAAUAAAUUACUUGACAAUGAAAGAAGAUAUGUCUCCAAGGUUUGAACGAUAGAAAACAUUUUAAA